AUGCCAUCUCAACGCGUCUCCCAGCCCAGGACUGAGCCUAAAAACGAGAAAACAAACUUUGCCACUCCAUUGAUGAGGAGCCGCGGACAUCACGCGCUUCACAAGUCGUCAUUGAUGCUCCGAACACUCAACAAUGACCACCACCUCACCACUCUCAACUCUCACAACGAUGAGAUCUAUCCGAUUAGAUCAACUCCGCGUCGUACGCCUCGCCGCAUGCCGAACAUCGAAUUC